GCUAAACAUUAUUCACAGAGCUGUGUGGAUAACGCUCGCCGUUAUUCACAGAUUUCGGUCUGCCGAUAACGCUAAACGUUAUUCACAGAGCUGUGUGAAUAACGCUUCCCAAAUUUAAAAGUUGAUAAAGGGAGAAAAUUCAUGUUCUCCGUUUUUAAAAAUGGCGACCCCCAACAAUGAUAGUGGUGCUAGUGCAACACCACAUCUUGUUGAUGAUUUUGAGGCUGCUUUUCAGGUUAGUAAUGCAUCUUACUUCCUAUUGCAUGUUAAUUUAACCUUGAUUUUACACCAGUUUACAGACUGAGUUGGACACAGUCAUGUACGCUUUGCUCUUUUUCUGAGCAGUCUCAGCUUUUUGUAACUUGUUUCUUUGUUUAUGUUCUUAGUCUGGACUUAGUUAUCUUAGCUUAGAUUGUUCAUAAUUUAUUAUAGUAUAGUAUUAGUUUUAUUAUUAGUCAUUAGUGAAGUCUGUGUCUAAGUUACUAGUACUAGACAGUAAAAUAAAAGUAAAUGCCCAAACUCUAAACUAAAUAAAAGUAAAGUGAAAAUUAUAAGAUAAGCACCCACUGAGAGUGAGAGUGAGAGAGAUGACAAGACAAUGAUUACAAUGACAGUCAAAUUGAAUUGUUUUUAGUUUUUUUUUAAAAUUUAAAUAUUAAAAAUAAUUAUAGGAAUUUAAGUAUCUGAAUCGGUAAGUAGGUCUAGACAUUUCUUCAGACAAACAGAAUUUUACUCUGUCCCAGUCCAAAGUUCAAGCAAUAUAAUUCAUAAAAUUCAAAUAUUUUGUGCAUAGCCUAGUGCCUAAUAUAAUUAAUUAUAAUUCAUAAAUGCUGAUACUGAUAAAUUAACAGUACACACUGUAACACAGCUAUCACUCACUGAGUUUGACACUCAGUUAACUUAGACUUGUAAGCCUAUCUUUAUUUUAUAAUACUAGCGAAUAUACCCGGGGUUGCAUUAGGACCCCAUCCCGGUAAGACCCCAAUCCCAAUGGGACCCCAAUCCCAUUCUCACCACGAUCCCGUUGCAAUCCCUUUUCCCGGUGUGAUCCCGUUCCCGGUGGGAUCCCGUUUUCUUGUGGCUACGAUUCCAGGGGAAAUCCCGAUCCAGUCGGUGUCUUGAUCCCAGUGGGAUCCCGAUGUCGGUGGAUCCCGAUGGACUAACGAUUCCGUUAGGAUACUGUACACUGUUGGAUCCCGUUCCACCUAGGUACUCUCUUUUCCGAUAUUAUCUCUUUUCCCGAUAUGAUCCCGAUCCGGGUUUGAUCACGUUGCCUGGUGGGAUCACGAUGGGAUCUCGUAACCGAUGGGUUUUAGUUUACUGUUAGAUCUCAAUUCCCAUUGGGAUCAUGUUCACUGCGAUUUUGUUCAAAUAAGUUUUUAAAUUCCAUUUAAUAUCACAGUGGAACAAUAAAGAACCUUAUGGAACAUUCUAGAUUAAAUUUAAUAAUAAAAAAAGUAUAAAAAAUUACUUUUCUAAAUAAUUAUUUUUAAAAUAAGAAAUAUUAUACAACUAAUUUGCACUACUAUAACUAUAGUAAAUUUAAAUUAAAAUAGGGACCCCGGUGGGGGCCCAUUUAAAAAAAGUACCUUUUUAGUUAUGUCUAAGAUAUGGGGGGGGGGCUAUAAAAAUCAUUCAAAUAAAUUAUAGAAUUAAAAUGUAAAAUUUGUCCCAUUAAAAUCGGUUUAAAAAUGCCAUAGAUAUAGCUUUUUAAAAUUAUUGAACUUUCUGGAAAAUUCUAGAAUGGAUAUUAUUAGUUUUAAAUCCACCGAUAUUUCAAUACAGGCAAUGAAGGGUAUUGCUGCAACAUUAGACCUAUAUCCAUCAAUUCAUAUUGAAACUAUAGUGUUGUCUAAGCCUAUUGAUAUUCAUAUAGCCUAUAUAAAAAAAAAUGAAACGGGGCCCCCGGCCCCAGAAGGAUGGAUAUUAUGAGUUCAAUACCCUUUGGUAUUUGAAUAUGGAUAAUUAAGUGUGUGUGUAAUAAGUUUGGUCAAGAUCCAUCUAUUCAUGUAAGAGUAGGAGUAUUAAGCUUAUUGAUUUUUAUAUAGCCAAUAUAAGAAAAAGUUAAAUGGGGCCCUGGCCCCAGACGGAUGGAUAUUAUGAGUUCAGUACCCUUUGGUAUUUGAGUAUGGAUUAUUAAGUACAUGUUCUUAGUUAGGUCAAGAUCCAUCUAUUCAUGAUGUAGUAUUUGUUGUUAAUUUUAUUUAUAUAGCUCAUAUAAGGAAAAAAACGAAUUCGGGGCCCCCGGCCCCAAACGGAAUGUUAUAAAAAGUUCAUAACCCCUUAAGAGUUCCUUCUGGAUUAUGAUGGAUACAUGUGUCAAGUUUGGUCAAGAUACAUCAAUCCAUGUAAAAGCCUUUGUGGAACAAACACCGCCCGCCACAAACAUUCACCUUUAUAUAUAUACUAGCCUAUAUACCUGGCAUGGCCCAGGAUUGCAUUAGGAUCCCAUCCUGGUGGGACCCCCAAUCCCAUUCUGACACCAAUCUCGGUGCAGUCCCGUUUCCCGGUGUGAUCCCGAUCCCAUUCUGACACCAAUCUCGGUGCAGUCUCGUUUCCCAGUGGAUCCAUUCAAGGUUAGGAUCCCGAUCCCGGUGGGAUCCCAUUUUCUGGUGGGAUUCUGAUCCCUUUGGGAUAAAGAUGAAGAUGUGAUCCCGACCCAUUUGGGAUCCCGUAUCAAAAAAUUCUUCAGUGGUAUUGAGAGAACAGUAAACUCCGGGGCAGUAUAGAAAUGAAUAGAACUAACUAAAAUUUCAAUAAUACCUUAGAUCCCACGAUAUAUUCCCUUGUAACAAUUUAGAACUUUCUGGAACAUUCUAGAUUAAAUUUAACAGCCUGCUCGAAACAUGUGUAAAAACUACUUUUCUAAUUAUUUUUUGAAUCCGAUACAAAUCUUCAACAAAUGUCAUAAAUAUAAUCCUUUUUCUUUUAUGUUACCGUACCGGUAAUCAAGGGGGCCCAUUCCAUAACUGUUCCAAUUUAGUUAUUUCUGAGAUGGGGGGGGGGGGGGGGGGGGGGAUAAAAAUCAUUCAAGUAAAUAAUAGAGUUAAAAUUUGUCACAUUAAAAUGAGUUUAAAAAUGCCAUAGAUAUCACCUUUUCCAACUAUCGAACUUUCUAGAAAAUUCUAGAUUGUCCCUGCAUGGAUUGGAUAUUCUUAGUUUUAAAUCCACAAAUAUUUCAAUAUGGACAAUGAAGUGUAGGCCUAUGGCUACUAUGCUAUGCUUAUAUCGAUCAAUUCACAUAGAACCUAUAUGUUGUCUAAGCCUAUUGAUAUUUAUAUAGCUUAUAUAAGAAAAAUGAAAUGGGGCCCCCGGCCCCCUUACGAAUGGAUAUUAUGAGUUCAUUACCCUUUCAGUAUUUGAAUAUGGAUAAUCAAGUGUAAGCAUUCUAAGUUUGGUCAAGAUCCAUCCAUUCAUGUAGGGGUAUUUUUAGUAAUUUUAUUUAUAUAGCUCAUAUAGAAAAAAACGAAUUCGGGGCCCCCAGCCCCAAACAAAAUGUUAUAAAAAGUUCAUAAUCCCUUAAGAGUUCCUUCUGGAUAAUGAUGGAUAUAUGUGCCAAGUUUGGUCAAGAUCCAUCAAUGCAUGUAAAAGCCUUUGUGGAACAAAUAGAAAAUCCCACAAACUUUCACUUUUAUAUAUAUAUAUAUAUAUGAUAUGAUAUAUGAUUAUUGUUUAAUUAUUAUCUAGUUACCUACUCUAGAGUCUCUUGUAUUGUAACAGAGCCUACUCAUAAUCAUAGGCCUAGGUCUAGGUUAGUAACUAGGUCUAAUUUGAUGACAUCACAUCACUAAUCACUCUCAGUAGUUAUAGACCUGUUUACUCUUACGAUUUUGGCGUAUGAUGUACUAUUUUGAGGUGUAUACAUUAUAUAUAAUUUGUUAGUAUGUUUAUUUUUUUUUGCUGUUAAUAUAAUGUAUUGAAUGAUUUUGUGAUGAUAUUGUAUGAUUUUAAGAGUUUGAGGGUAAACAGGGCUGUAGUUACCGUGUCGGCAGUAUCACAACUAUAUUCAGAACUUCUUAUAUAUGCCUAUAUGCAGAAACCUUAUCAUGCCUUAUAUCAUUUAUAUGACAUGAUGAAAGUUUAUUAGCCUAUUAGUAUUAAUUUAAUUAUAAUUUUAAUGUCAUUAAAUAUGAAAACUUGAAAAAUAAAUGUUGCUUUGGGCAGGGCAAACGGGGCAUUAAGCACAAAGCUGUUGUUUUUUUAUUUUUUUUAGAAAUUGAUUUCUUCACAAUUAAGCCCAUGUUAAUUCUUUAAACCGAGAAUAACACAUUGCUCACAAAUAAUAACUUUUACUAGGGGACUCGAGUGUAUUUUAAAGUUUAUUUGAUUUUUAAAAUAAUACCCUUAAAAGUUGAAAAUGUGUAUUAGGCACCAGGCCUUGAGGCAUUAGGCACCUUACAUGUUUUGAAUUAAAAAACACACAUCCAGUCUUUGUUUUCCAGCUCUUCUAUUGUUGAUAUAAUUUACACACACUCUAUGUGGUCCCAGUAUCACACUUGUCACACUAUGAUCCCCCCCACCCAAUGUCCCCAUCUAAGAUUUUCCUCAUUAUCUUUAGUAGGACUCAGGCUGCAGCUAGUGUUUAGAGAGAACUGGCUGUAUUAUGGAUAGUCUGAAAGUUUCUUGUAGUUCAUCAGAGUUGUUGCAAGUGUUCACACAUACUCACAUGGACAUGAAUGGUUGGGUCUCCUGUAGGUUGCGAAUGGGUGGACAUUGAUGGUUAUAAGGAAUUUCACCAGACUUGAGUCAAAACUAAUACUUUUUGUUAAUGCUAUAAUAUGAACAAUUUCUUUGGCCUCCGGUUCCUUUUUUUUUGGGUAACUUCCUACCAUCCUGCAAUUGAAAAAACAUGGGACAAUUAGCAUAUUUACUCCAGAAAUAUUAUGGGAGCCCAUAUUUACCCCAAUAACUCAUAUCUCAAAUCCUAACAUAGUGACAAGAGUUUAUUUAAUUUAAACUACUAAGUAAGGCAAUAUAUUUUUAAAAUUAAAUCACCUUUCAUGGUCUUAUUGAAGCUAUUUUAGCCUUGGGGUAUUAAGCACCUGGCUUGGAAUAUAAGCCAUAACUUUUUGUCACAAAGUAAACUAGUGAAUCAAAUUAAUGUAGAAAAAUAGUUUUAAAAAAAUAUAAUCAUUAAAACAUGUGGUAGGGUACAAAAAUUAAUUCUCUAAAUCAAAUAAAAUUUUGCAAACAUGGUUACACCCUAACAGUUUUCCAAAAUAAAUAUGUUGGCAUGGACUAUCAAGGAAGAAAAGAAUUAAUAUAAAAGCGAAGGCAAGAAUUGAAUUUUUUGAAAUUUUAAUACUUACCUUAAUAACUGCUUGAAGCCUUGAACAAACGUGUGUGUUGACAAAGGCAAGUGUGUUUACAACAAAAAAACAAAAAAAGGUAGUCAACUGUGGACCAUGCGGCAGCACAAAAAGUUCUGAUAGAGGUUUUUUUGUGUCAGAGCUUUCUAGAGGAAAAUUGAUGCUUCUCAAUUGUUAUUGAAAAGACUGUUCUGUUGGUCAAGUGUUCAAUAUGUGGCAUGACACAAAGUCUCUAAUUGGUUUAAAUCAGUAACCAAUUCUGCUUAAUGCCCCUUAAGUGUCUUGGUCAUUUUAUAGAGGGUUUUGGACAGCAUAUGUGUUUGGUGGUGCCUGACACUUAAAUUUACAUGUCUAAUAAUUAAUUUAAAAUUGUUCAGAACUGUAUAUCUUUGCUGACUUCACAAGAAAACUUCAAUGUUCAAGACACAGAAGAAACAAGAAUGAGUAAGUAGAUUUGUACUGUAGGAGUUUGGGUAGUGACAUAAUUACUAAAUUUUUGCAUUUUUCAGCCACAGUGGAAGAUCUUUGUAACCAAAAUAUGACUUUCUGUUGGCAUAACAAUCUCUUCUGAAAAGUGAUCAAAGGGUACCAGUAUGUGGGAAAAUAAUGCUUGACAAAUGUAGCUCAUGUUAGCCCUCUUGAGACGGCUGGGCCAAUCUAUCGACCUAGAUUGUUGUGGCGAAAAACAUGAAAGGCCGAUAUAUCUGCCCAAUAAUAAAAGCCUCAAGAUUGGCUGGCUGGUCUUUGUACUUACCAACUAAUCACAUUGCUUCUUGAAUUUUUAGCUCAUCUCACCAUUUUAAUGGCGGCUUUCAAUGAUACUUUACAGUGUUCCGUCAGUUUUAUAUCAAUUUUGUUUUGUACCUAGCGACCCAUGUAAAUGCUUAAAAAAUAUGUGACCUUGAAAUUUGUCAAAAGGCAUAAGCAUCCUCAGGAGUAUAUUUGUAUGCAGUUUUUCACAUUGAAUCUCAUUCAAAUAUGGGUUAUGACUUUUUUUAGGUUUCAGUAAUCAUAAAAUUUAUCAAAACUCUGCAAGUUAGACAAUUUUCUUCUAAGUGUACCAAUAAAAACAAACUUGCAUUAAUUAUACAAAUCAGGAUAUUGCAUUCACAUAAAUAUUGAGAUGUGAGUUUGAUUCAUAGAGAGAGUAUAAGUUAUUUCAAUUCCCUACAAGAAUGUACAUAGUUUUAUAUUUGUAAAGUAAUUAGUUUAUUUUUUAUUAAUUUUUUUGCAAAGUAAGUGCAGGGCUUGUUAAAAGGGCUUCAUCUUUUUGGCACAGACAGUCCAAAAAGUCUCUCUCUCAAAAGGGUUAAAUUUGAUCCUUUGUUAAUCACUGCAAAUGACUAUGCUUAACUAUAAAUUCAAGUACAAAAACAUUACCUAUAACUUUAUGAUUUACCUAAUUUUCUUUAGAAUAAUUUGAGAAGUCAAAUAUAAACAAAUUGUUAUAAGGAAAUUUGGUUUUGUUUCAGGUUACUUUCAUGAAUUGUUUGGAUAUAUAUUUUAUGGUAUGAUUAAUUAGUUCAGGGUGACAGCACUAUGCUGUAAAAAAAAAAUUCAAACAUCAUGAAUAAGGAUAUACAUUACACAAUGAUCUUUUAUAUAUUUUUAGGUGUAGAAAGUAGUUUACAGCGGUUUUUGGAAUCAGCAAGGCAAAUGGAGACUUUUUUCCUGAACAAAAGAUUGAUAUUAUCAGUUUCUAAACCCGAACAUGUAUUAAAUGAAGUAAGUUGCAAAAUUUUAUAUAAACUAAUUGCUUACUAAUAUGAUUGAAAAUAAUGUCACUACUGUUUCUUAUUAAUUUCAUUAUUAAAAUAAAAGACAAUGAUAUUUUGCAUGCUUCUUUGAAAACAGUAUGUACAAACAAUGUUUCUUCUUUAAAACUCACUAUCAAAUUUAAAAGUCUGUAAAAUAUGGUUAGCAAAAGUUGUCUAUAUUAUACUUGCUAUCUAGCUUAAGAAGUUUUGGAUAUUACAAUAUUACUAGUUUAUGGGGAGCAAAAUAAAUAUUAAAGGUCUAAUAAAUCAAUGCAAAACAUGUAAAUUAGUGAUUAAGAGUGUUUAUUUCCUUUCCCUGAUCUAUGAUAUAAAUAAUAUGUAUAUCAUUAUUAUUGAUUUAUUUCAAACAAGCCUGUAGAAUAAGCUGAAGCCCUUUAACUAAAACAGAAAAGAUACCCAUCAUUUAUCAGUUAACUUCAUUGCAUUUAUAGGAACAUAUCAAAUCAAUGUCUAACUUUUAUAUUUUAAAUUGAUUCUUUCAUGUUUAAUUUAUAGAACUUUUUUAAAAUUACAUAAUUUUACAAAAACAAUAUUUAUUUUUACAUCUAAUCAGGAUAUUUCAGAUUUAAAGAUUGAACUUGAACGUAAAGAAAAACUCAUUGAAAAACAUCAUGAGAAGCUACCUAAAUGGCAAGCUCUUCUCCGAGCCAAUGCGCCUCCCCCAACAACUACACCAUCUAGUCCAUUUUCUGGCACUCAGGCACCACCUCAUCAGACAAUGGCUCCUGCACCAUCUAUGCAGCCUACAAAUGUAGGUCAACCCAUGGGAGUCUCUCCUGCUCAGACUAUGAUGAGCCAGCAGGCAUCCAAUAUGCCACCAGGACAAUAUCCAGGACCCCCUGCUGGCCAUCCAGGGCAGUACAAUAUGCCACCUCCAGCUUAUCCCCAGGGACCACUUGCUUAUUUGGAAAGAAUGGUAUAAUGUCUGACAGCUCAUUGACUGGCAAUUUCAUAGAAAUAUCAAACUUCAUUCUUGAAAGCAUGAUGCUUCAUCUUAAACUUUAAAUUUAAUAAUUAAUGUGUAUAUAUAUCAGUGAAUAUAUAUAUAGAGAGAAUAUUGAUACUGUAUAGUAAAGGAUAACAAAUGUAAUGGAAUGUGUCUCUAACCCCUUGCAGUCAAUGCAACUAAAAGUUCAUUAAAAUGUUAACUCACUUUCACUCAAGAUAAAAACGGUUUGUUACAGAUAUGAAAAGUGAAUAAUUUUAUAUAAAUACUAAUUAUUUUAUGAAUAUUUAAAUAUCACUAACUAUGUAGCAUUGACCAAGGGAUUGUUUGGUUUUUGUAUUUUUUCCUGUGCUUAGAUUUGGGUAAAUGAAAUAAAUUUCAAUUUUACAGUUUAUUCUCUAAAGAAAAUUUUUUCUAGAUUUAAUUAUUAUUUGAAAUAACUAAAAUCAUUUAAAGUUAAUUUGAAAACAAUUAUUUAAAGCAUUCUCUUUUCUUGUACUCGGGUGAACUUUUUUGACUAAACUGUCAUAUGAGAAGUAUUUUUUUUUUUUAAAUUGUUGUCAGUUACAUGCAAGGAUUUUGUUUUUUGUGUUUCAGUAUGUAUCUAAAAUUUUUCUAUAAAUGUAAAUAAUUUUUAAUAAAAGUAAUUAUUUAAUGAAAUAGUAUUGUCUUUAAAUUAAUUAUUUCUUUGUAAAUUUCCUUUUUUUACUGAUUUAUAAAAAAAUGUAUGUGCUUUACCAGUAAUUAGUACAACUGUUUAUGAGG